AUGGGACCCAAACAAAGGGGAACCACAAUAUCUACUCGUGCUGUGCCUUACGAUCUCGAUCUCCCGGAAAAUUGGACCAACAAGAAACUACGCGAAGAACUAGUUAAGCUUGGUGUGACAGUCAAUAGUGCCAUGAAAAAAUCACAACUGAUCACAAUGUUCAAAGAAGCAAGUUUUAAUUCUCGCGGGAAUCAGUCUACCGAAGUAAAUCAGUCAUCCGUAACGGACAGUGACCCUGGGCGGAUGUGGAACUCUUCAAACAAUAACAUCAGAAAUAGUCAACAAGAUGGCGUCCUGUCAGCCAUUUCACAGUUGUCGGACACUUUGACCGCACGUUUGACAGAUUCCCUGUCUUCAAUGAGAUCAGACAUUAAUCUAAUCCAGCAGAGAAUUAACACUAUGGAGAGAUCGCAUUCGUCAGCGGCGGCGGCAGCAGGUAGUUUUCAACAAGUAGCCCGAGACGCGGCCCCAAGUUUGGGGGUAAACUUCAACAUGUCGGCACAGAGUGGAUCGCAGGAAACAAGUAAUCAUGGCAGCAACGACACAGAUGCUACCGGCAGAUAUACUCUACAGACAGCCAUAACAGCACACGCCUCAGAUGGAGAAGUUCCGUGGCCUAGCCCCAGGGGCAGAUACUCAACCGACACCAUGCUUGGAUCCUUCCAGCCUGAUGAUCCUAUGACAGUAGAAGUAAAUCGUUUGUGGGAACUUUCGUUACCACUAUGA